UGCCUUCACCAGGAUCCCCUCCGCUCGGGACCUCCUCACGCCCCCUCAAACCGUCAGGGAGCCGCUGAUCGCCCUCCUCCCUCCCUCCCUUCCUCUCCUUUCAGAGCUCAGCCAGCGGCGCAUUAGGAUGAAAGUUCGGUGAGCAGCGAUGAUUUUGAUAUGAGUGACACCACAUGGAUUUCAGCUGACCAGUGUGUGAACUCUGAUUUAAGCCCCAGUCAAGAGGAAAGAAUGCACAGCCCGCAGAAUCUGCAUAAUCAGGAAUAUGAUGAUUCAUCUUCAGAAUGCUAUAGUGGCUCCACUACCCUGAAUCCUGCAACAUCAAACAGUACACAGGGAGACAACACGUUCCCAGAAAUAAAUGGAAACAGCUCCACUGGCUUGGACUACAGUGCUAGCCCAGAGGACCAGCCAGUCAACCUCAGCGAGCGGCUUCAACCUGGUCAAAUGGAUAAUGGCAGUACAGAUGGGCAAAGAAACCGGGUCAAAUACACUGGAAAAGCAACAUCUGAUAUCAGAUUGAACAGGGACACAAGAGAAUAUGGGAGUAAGUCUCCACCCUACAGCUCAGGAAGUUACGACUCUGGCAGAAAUGAGCUUUCAGGAAGUUGCCCAGAGGACCUGUCAAUCAGCAGGGGUGGGGACGACGAUGAUGACGAUCAUGAUGACCAUGAAGACAAUGAGAAGAUCAAUGACUCUGAGGGAAUGGAUCCUGAGCGGCUGAAGGCCUUCAAUAUGUUUGUGAGGCUGUUUGUUGAUGAAAAUCUUGACCGAAUGGUUCCCAUUUCAAAACAGCCCAAAGAAAAGAUUCAAGCUAUCAUUGAGUCAUGCAGCCGACAGUUCCCUGAAUUUCAGGAGCGAGCCCGGAAGCGCAUUCGCACUUACCUCAAAUCCUGCAGGCGAAUGAAAAAAAACGGCAUUGAACUGGCGUCUCGCCUACAUGCCUCCUCUUUCAGACAGGAGGACAGGGAAGAGGGAGCCUCCAAUUUCUUCGUGACUACUGUCGCUGGUGCAGCUCCUUCUUCAACCAACAGGAAGCGUGCUUGCUGGAGGGUGAGACGGACAUCUGGUUUUUCUACCUCUGAGUCACGACCCACCCCUCCUCACUUGACCUCAGCUAUGGCAGAAAAUAUUCUGGCUGCUGCAUGUGAGAGCGAAAGCAGGAAAGCAGCAAAACGGAUGCGACUGGAAACAUAUCAGCUGCAGGAUGAACCUAUUGCACUAGAUAAACACACUCAACAAGCCAGGGAGACGGCUCAGCUCGCACACACCACUUACUCACUGCCAGCUGCUUCCUACUCACAAGAUCAGAUGUAUAUCAACGGAGGACUGAACUACAGUUACCGUGGUUACGGAGGGAUAGGAGGUGGACUGCAGACUUCUUUGCAGACUGGCACCCUCAGCAAUGGUCCAACAGAUCUCAGCAUGAAGGCACUGGCCUCAAACUCAACUUCAUCCAACACAAACAACAGGAGUGUACCAGCAGCACAGCUCAGUCCAACAGAAAUUAAUGCGGUUCGGCAGCUCAUCGCUGGCUACAGAGAGUCAGCGGCCUUCCUCCUCCGCUCCGCAGAUGAACUGGAAAACCUCAUUUUACAACAAAAUUGACUCUUGUCAGCACAGUCCUAAUGAUAAAACCCCACGUCCUGUAGUUACCCAGUUCAAAACUGGAAAUUGGGAGGAGAUUCCUCGUUACAAGAUGGCCAUUAACCCAUUGCUGCUAUGGAAGUGAUAAUGCCACCAACCUUUAACCUCAGACCUUCAUCAGGACCGAGUGUGUGAGUGUGUAUGUCUUCAACCCAAGGACCUCAUUCACCAGAGUAUCUUCGUUUUCUUAGCUGGCAGCAUAAACUGAAAGAUUUGACAUGUGCAAGGACUCUGCUCCUUUCAUGGGCAGCUGCAAGUUCCUGGCCAGUUACCAUACAAAACCCACAUAGCAUUCAAUUCCCAGGUGCAAUACCUAGUAACGCUGCUAAUAGAAAUAACCUAGUCUGGGCCUUCUGGAAGAACAAUUGAGCAGAGGAGUUAAUCUCUUUUGGUUUGCGUUCAUUCUGGUCAUCAGUUUGAAGUAUUAUGAGGAUAGUAGCAUCAAUUGUACAUGCAUUAUUAAAUUAAUUUAGAAAAUCUUAGUGCUAACUUUUUUUGCUCCUUUUCAGAUCUAAUAAUUUAUCUACUAAUGAGUAUCCGCAGUGAAGUCUACAAUACAUUUAUGGAGGUAACCACUGGGGAUCCACACCCAAUAAAACGUCCUGGUAUUAAAGCUGAUUAUGUAUUGAAUAACAUAGGGUUAAAGGUGGAUAGGUAGAAGGAUUUUAGGGUGAAAUUUGUGAACAAGAGAUAUAAGCAUGAGUGUGUUUAUGAGUCCAAGGUGGUGAAAUAUCACACGUUUAACUACAAUUAGUGGAGUGCACUUUUUAAGAUAUGCAGCCCUUUUUGUGCUUGCCUGUACAUAUGGAUUGGUAUAUCAGGUGAAUGACAAUACAGCCUGGUGCUAGUUUAUUAAUAUCGGAGAAUUCUAAUGCAUGUUCUGAUGUCAGAAUAUGCCCGAUAGAGAAUAUAGAAUUUGUAGCCUGUAAUUAUGUUAUUUUAUACAAUGUCAGCAGGGUAGGUAUUCCUUAGAAACAUUCCAUAAGUCUACAAAAUUCCACUUCUGUCAUUAUUGUUUCAUAGCUGCCUCUCUUAUUAGCAUAUUCAACUGGCUGUAGCAUAAAUGCAGAGUCAGGAUCCAGCUUGACUCCAAAGAGAACCGGAGUGCAACUGCCUAGAGAGAUAACCCUACCAUACCUGUUUGAGACAAUAGAGUUGAAAUCCAUUCAGUAACAAAGAAAGUAUUAAAAAAGUGCCCUGGCAUGCCUUAGACUUAUUGGACACCUUUUAAAGUCAUCAUAUUGUGUAGGUGCUGACACACUCUCUAACAUUUAAAUUUAACUGCUGAGAGAGGAGUUCUGUGCACACAGUUGUAAGUAUACAUUUACAGGGUUCUCUCCUGGGCAAGAGAAAAAGUUUCAGCAAGUUAUUGUAAACUGACGAUAUAAAUGCGGCUCGAGGGUACAUUUUGCAGCUAGUUAAGCACUUAUUCAUUAUUGUAGGUAAACCGCAAAGCCCAGUUGCAAUCCAUCAUCUCAUCAACUUUGGAUAUUUUUCACUUCAUUCACAGUUAAAUGCUUGAUCUCAAAUCCUGCAAGAUUAGGUUAGUGUAUCUUCAGCAAAUCAAAGUGCAUCAUGAAAACUUUCAGAACUCAGGUAGCAAUUUAUACCAACGUAAAUUUUUUACUAUUUUUUUAAAAAGUGAAUACUGUGAAACAGGAGAUGUUUUGUCAUUUUAUACUUUUCUCUAUUUCUGCUUUUUAAUAGUUACCAUUAGCAACUUAAAAUAAUUAUUGUAGAUCUUUAUAUUGUUAGAAAUAAGCACUGUGUUUGGAAAGUUACAAAUUAAAUUUAGUUCUCAAAAGGUUAAAAAAUUGCUUCGCUGGCACCAAGCUGUAUAAAAUAUUUGAAUAAGAUGGCUCCAGGAAGACAUUAACCUAUAUUUAAGUUCAUUUCACUGUUCGAGUUUCUUUCAGGUUAAAGAAACCCAUGGAUUACCAGAGUCUUGUUCUUUACGUUCGUGGGUAAAUUUAUAAACUUUGCAGAAAUGUGUACCUGAGAAAAAGUAUCUUACUCAUGCUAACAGUUAACUUUUUAUAGAAGAGAAUGGGGCUGCCCACACAAAAUACAGCCUAGCAAGAUGUGAAAGUUGGUAGAUCUGCAUCCAAAUGCCACUUGCAUGAAUAGGUUGUUUGCUUUCCAAAGAACUCUCAAAACCUGCUGACUGGAAAAUCCACAAUUUUGCUUGGAGGACCCAGUAAAGGAUACAUCUUUAAAUAAAAAGGGUCACAUUCCUAUAACUUUAAACCAUACCUAGACUAGUAGAUUUGUCCUAGCUUGCUGUCUGCACUUAAAAUUUACCCUACCUUUGGAGCAAAACCUCAGUUGCACUUCGUCAAAAGAUUGCUUAAGACUGCUGUUACCCAGAUAUGAUUAAAUAUGCUGGUUACUAACCUUUAGCCACUCCUAUAAAAAGACUAAGAGAUACCUCUACCUCAGUUUUCCCUUCACUAUUAGUACAUGUUAAAUAUCAGCUGUAAAGUAAAAGUCAAAUCACACAAAGAUCUACAUCACCGUGAAUUGAAACUAAUGUCAAUCCUCAUACAAUGACUGAUCCAGAAAACAAUUAGCUUGAGAUGUUAAACAAAAACAGAAUUAAUUCUGUUUUUGUUUUGGAUUUCCAGCAUCCGCAGUUUUUUUGUUUUUAUAGCUUGAGAUGUUGCUUGCUUACUCUUCCCCUGCCUGUCAAUAAGUUAUUUCUUUCACUUCACUUCUCAAAUCACAUCUGAAGAGUACGAAUAAACUAUACAUUGGAAUUUAGCUACUUGAUUAAGAGAGCAUUGAAAGUUUGCAGUGUUGCUUUUAAUAUUCGGUAUUUCCCAUUGAACAAACCUCAAUACCAAUUAAAUUUUAUUGUACAGGGGAAACCUUUUCAAAUCCAUGCUAAUUUUGAAAUGUAAUGCUUAUUCACUCAAUAACAAACUUAGUGAGGAAAUAAAUGAUCAUAACACUGAUAAGUAAUGCACGUUAGAUUUUUGAUACUAAUAGUUUAGGUGCUACUGCACACCCCUAAUACUGUGAGAUAAAUUAUAGUUACAUGUCUUUUUGAGCUCCAACCAUCCAACAUCUUGUGAAUGAAGACCAAAACAAUACAGCAAUAUUGCCUAGAUAGUAAACAAGUGUAAACCUUAAACAGAAACAUUCCUCACCCAGGUCAUCAUCCGUUUUGGAUCAAAAAGAGUGAUCCACAUAAUUUUUAAAAUGGUGAAAAAUUAGGAACAGUGGAGGUUCAAAGAGCUCAUGUACAUAAAUUACUAAAGUGUAGUGGUCAGGUACAAAAAUAAUCAAAGGCUAAUGUAAUGUUAGCCUAUAUAUCUCGAGGGCUAGACUAUAAAGAGGAGGAAGUUUUUCUACAUCUGCACAAGGCCCUGGUUCUACCACAUCUGAAUUCCACUGUACAGUUCUGGGCACCGCACGUUAAAAAAAUAUAUAGGCUUUGAAACGAGGGAAUUACAAGGGCUUGCAAGGGUUAAAUUAUGAGAAUUUACAUAAACUUGUAUUAGGCUUGUAUUCACUGGAAUAGAUAAGGCGUAGAUUUUGAAAGUAAUUGAUAGGAUAGAUAGAGAGAAACAUUUCCUCUGGUGGAGAAGUCUCAGACAUGGGACGUGGCCUUAAAAUCAGAACCAGGCCAUUCAGGAGAGAAGUUAGGUUAACAUUUCUUCACACAAAGCAUGGUAUAAGUGUGGACUCUCGCUCACAAAAAGAGUGGAUGCCGGCUCAAUUAAUAAACUUGAAUCUGAAAUUGAUAGAUUUUUUUUCUUGCUAAAGGUAUUAAGGCAAUUUGAAAGGAAAAUUAGGACACAUCAGCAAUGACCUCAUUGAAUGGAAGAACAGGCUCGAGAGAUUGAAUGGCUUACUCCUGUUCGUAUGUUGCUACCAUAAUGCCAUUCUGAGAACCAUUUAUUUGUUCAGUCAAAAUUUCUACACAACUAUAUAAUCUGUUGGACCAUUUAGCAUUCACUAUCAGGUAGAUUUUCAAGUUUGUUUCAAUGUUAUUAAAUUAAAAAAACCUUUAUUAAAAUAAGCGCUCCUUCAUCGAUACUGAAAAUGCUACUAUCCUCAUAACAGCUAAAUUGUACAGACCAAUGGCACAAAUGGAUUUUGAACCAGUGGUCAUUUCCACCACUGUGAUACUAUGUUGAAAUGCGAUGGAAGCUUACUAUAACCUCAUUCGUAUACUUUCGGGACCUCUUUCAGGCUGCAGAGCAGGUAUCUGUUCUCUGCCCUCUGUUUUAUGCUAAUUGUCCAUGUGAGUGAUUUGUAUAUGACACAAAGUUACUUUUCUUCGUAGUGGGGGGUGGGGGUGGGUAUAUUUUUCUGUACAGGAUGUCGCUAAAUUUUGUUGUGGGUUGUUGUCCUUAGCAGUUCCAGAAAAAAAAAUAGGCAAAAGACAAUCUUAGCCCCCUUUGAUGCUGUGAUUUACUUUUUCUUAAGUGCAGCUAUUGAGUAAAACUGGGGGACCACUAAGUAUUUUUCAGCCAUAACUUAAAGUCACUGAAAUGUUGUUGCACAAUGAUAAUGAGUAGUUCUGAGGACUGUGUGUAAUUAUACAGUCAUCAUUCAAAGAUCUUAACCCUUUGAGUGCUUUUUUUUUAAAAUAAAUUCUUGUUGUUAGGCUGUUUACCUUGUUGAUCUACUGAACUAUUGCACCCUUAUGCAGAAAAUGCUGACCACACGGAUAACAUUUUCUGAAUGGAAACCAUUCCAGUGGCACUGAACAAUGCUAGCUGUCCUGCUGCAGAAAUAAUUUCCUGUAGGAUUCAGAGGGUUAAUAACCAUUAAUUGGCUAGAAUUUGAUUAUUAUACAAUUACAAUCAGCAAAUUAACUGGACAUUGUUAACAAACAACAAAAUAGCGGUGCUUUCGAUUUAUUUUGACUGGGAAGAGGAGAAUCCGGUUCCUUAACUGUUUGUACCUAAUACCAAUGUGAACUUUGUAUUUCCUUCUGAUUUUUGACUCAGUGAAAGUGUGGCUGUUUACAUGUACAGAUUUUGCGAUUUUCUUGUGUUCUCCAAUACCCUGUAUUAAUGCUGUAGAGAAAAAAAACAAAAUAACCCAAAUUCUUUUAAUAUUUAUUGCAUAUACACAGUGAAUACGUUUUCCAAUACAUGUGGCUAAUAUUUUGAUUCUUCGUGUUGAUAUAUGUAAAGCAACUGAGUUCUUUGUAUUUUCUGUUUGCUAAAUGAAUAGCAUGGGCAGUUCUACUUACAUAUCACUUUAAUUAUGAACCAAUGAUCUUGCUGGAGCUGUCAAUAUGGUGUCAAACUAGCAAAAUGCAUUGGUUUCAUUAUACUCUAUGGAAUAUUCUUUGAAUUAUAUACAUAUAUGAGAUGGAGUACUAAUAAAACCAAUAUGCUGUGUAUCAG